AUGCCUACGAUCUCUUCUAUCCCGCCUGUUUCCAAUCUACUGGGAAAUAUCUAUUAUAAUGAUGGGAUGCCCAUUCAUGUGAAAGCCCUCGUUAAUGGAAUUGCUCUAUGGGGGGCAUUGGCAGGGCAACUCUUUUUCGGUUGGCUUGGAGACAGAAUGGGACGAGAGAGAGCCUACGGAUUCACUCCAAGUUUGAUGGUCGCGAGUUCGAUCGCUUCUGGCUUCUCCAUCGGCAGAUCACCAGAAGCUGUAAUUGGCAGUCUAUGCUUCUUCAGGUUCUGGUUAGGGUUUCGUAUUUGCGGGGAUUAUCCUUUGUCUGCGACAAUGAUGGCCGAAUACGCAAAUACCACAACCAGAGGAGCUUUCAUAGCUGCGGUAUUUGGAAUGCAGGGUCUUGGAAUUCUUGCGGGUAGUGCAGUGGCCGUAAUUGUGUCGGCUAGGAUGAAGUCGGCAGUGGGCGAUAAGCCGACAUUCGGGCAGAAGGACGUGGUGUGGAGAAUAAUCUUAACGCUAGGAGCCGUUCCCGCAGGUUUUAGUUAUUACAGGCGGUUGAAAAUGCCCGAGACCACCCGCUACACAGCUUUGGAUGCCAGAAACGCCAGGCAAGCAGCAGUGGAUAUGUCGAGAGUUCUUAAUCUGGACAUUGAUGAAGAUGAGGCGGAUGUUUUAGGCACUCACAGUUGGCCGCCGCCGUCCGGAUUGUUUUCCAUGGCUUUCGUGAAGCGGCACGGGCUAGAGUUGCUAGGCACGGCAUCCACUUGGUUCUUCGUGGAUAUUGCAUUCUACCGUGGGAAUCCAUUUCAGAGCGAUAUAUAUCAUAAUAUCAAAUGGUUGAGGUGUCAAUAUACGAAUCCAUUAGAUGAUAUUUUUCGUUUUUCAACGGUACAGGCAAUGAUUACAUUGUGUGGGACUCUGCCGGGCUACAUAUUUACCAUUCUUCUGAUAGAUCGUCUCGGCGUGGUGAUUGGCAAGGCUGGGCAUGGAUUUUUUUGUUUACCCCACGGUAUGAGAGAGGGCCACCCCCUUGCGUUGGAGUGCCACCUUGUGUGGACACUUCCCGCCCAUUCUGCGUGGUGGAGUGCCACCAGCGUGGUUACACCCCACGUAGGUGGGACUCUCCACCCACGCGUGGGAGGACCACCUCCCCAUGCCCAAACAAAACUAUGGUGCUCUCCAUUCUGUGCUAGGAAUACACAGUGCCGCCCAGCCAUGAAAGGAUAUAAGGAAAAGUGA